CAGAAUCGUCCAGAAUGCACCGCGCGGGCGUUAAUACCAAUCGAAUGGAGUUUACAAUUUCAUUUCUUAAAAGUAUCUCGGGCUAGCCAUCAAAUUCGCAGGGGCUCGGUAGUUAGCGCCAGUGUAAAAAUUGCUUGAGGGAGCUAACGUAAUGACAUCGGUUGGGGUAAUGUGGCAAUUAUUUUAAAACAGAUUAGCAUGGAAUACGAUGCCUGGUUUGCUGGCUAGGAUAGGAAGGUAAAUUAAGCUACGGAGCUAGCUAGCGUAGUUGACAUUGGCUAUCUCAAUUCAAUAACUUUGAGACCCUACUAGCUAGUUAGGGCUAGAAACAGUAUACAGCUAAUGUUAGCUAAACCAGUCGUUUGCUCAAUUAUUUUGGAGGACACUGGCUAUCAAGAUAUCUUCUGUUCAAAGUGAGUUUGUUUAUUUGUGCACUGUGAUGCAGUGGUUUUGCUACGGAAUUAGCUAGUUACCUACGGCAGUAAAUUAACGUUACCCGCUAGUCAGCGUCGCGAGCGUUUGCACACCGCAACUGCGGUUUCGCCUGUAAAACCGUGCGUUUGAUUCACUGUGGAUUUUUUGGACUGAUUGUGUCUGUCAUUCAUGGGCCGGGGCACUCCCUAGGCUUUUUUUUCUCCCUCUGCUAGAGUUGGUUAGCAAACAUCUGGGAUGCUGAUGAAAGUAGUUGAACAAUACUGGAAAUCCAAAUAAGUGAGACCAGGUAACUCACUGAAACUGAUCAGCAAAUCACAUAUUGACGAUCACUUCCUGCACCCUUGUCCAGUAGUUAGCUUUCAAUGGCAAUUAAAACUUGAAGACUGGGACCCAUAUGUCUACCAUAUUCGGUUCAUAGGGUGGUACGUUAGUAUUAAAGAGAAGAACGUUCUCCCAUUUGUGUCUCAUUGCAGACUCGAAUUGCCAUGGAGGGGAUUGUUGGCGGAAAUUUGCAGAAAGUGACCCCGUUAGCUCGAGAAUUAACCCGGAUCUUCAACAGCUAUAAUAAACACUCCAUACAACUAAAAAAUAAUCUGAAAGAGACCAACGCAUUUUUCCGGGAAAUAAAACAGAACUACAGUAAUGCCUGCGCAUCGUCCGCCAGCUCAGAGGCAGCUGCUCUGGAGGCAGGUCAGCUGAGCUGCAUCUUUUUCCCCCGGCAUGAAGAGGAGUUCCUGCACAGCAGCGUGGGCAGCGCCCCCUUCAUCCUGGUACUUGGCCAGGACUGCGCCGCGCGCUACCAGCUGCUCAACUGCCUGCUGGGGGAGCGGCUCCUGCCCCUAGGUCCCGUGGCGGGCGAGGCCUGCAAUGGCGUUCAUGGCACGGCCUGCAAGAGGAGGAAGCUGUGCUUCACCCACGGGCGCCAGACGCGGCUCAGCCUGGCGCUGCCCGGCCAGUAUGAGCUGGUGCACCAGCUGGCGGCCCACUGCGGGCGCUGGGAUACGGUGCCCAGGGAGGAUCUGGAGAUCCAGGAGCAAUGUGAGGACCCCGCCCACAGACUGGCCGAGCUGGAGAUCACCCUGCACCACCCUCUGCUACAGGAGGCGAAAAUCAUGGUGGUGCCGUGCCCCAGUGUCCAGCCCAUCGAGGAGGCCCUGGAGGACUGCACGCGUAACGUGGUUCCCAUCAUACUCUAUGCCCUCAACCAGGACACCCUCACUGCCGAGCAGGUGGCCGAGCUGAGGAAAGUCAAAGAGACGCUCCCCUUCCCCAUCUUCUUCAUCCGUAUCCCAGCCGAGGCCUCCCCCGAGCCCAGCCGGCGCCUGGAGAGGGAGAAGAGCCCCCUUUACAAGCAACUGCUGUCCCUAGGCUUUCUCAGCACCCCAGUAGGGAACUGUUCCUGCGGAGCCCCCUCCCAGACGCCCAGCCUGGCCACCAAGCCCCAGAGCGUACUGGGGGAGGCCUUUGAGAGGCUACAGCGCCUCCUGGUGCCCUUCGCCCGCCAGGUGCUCCACUACCAGCAUGUGGAGGCUGCUAACCUGCUCAACGGGGUGCACUGCCGAUGCCUCGACCUCUUCAUCAACCAGGCCUUUGACAUGCAGAGGGACCUGCAGAUCACGCCGCGGCGGCUGGAGUACACGCGGGAGAAGGAGGGCGAGUUGUUCACCUCCCUGAUGGCCAUUGCCAACCGCAAGCAGGAGGAGAUGAAGGAGAUGAUUGUGGAGACGCUGAGCAGCAUGAAGGAACAGCUGCUGGAGGAUGCUGCCAACCUGGAGUUCACAGACCUCAUAGUGGCAACCAACGGAGAGCCUGUUACUUCAAAGGUUAUAAAAUCCUGCAUCCACCAGAUCCAGGAGCUGAUAGUUGUGAGGUUAAACCAAGCAGUGGCCAACAAGCUGAUCAGCUCUGUGGACUACCUGAGGGAGAGCUUUGUAGGAACCCUGGAGCGCUGUCUAAACAGCCUGGAGAAGUCCAACAUGGAGUCCUCCGUCCACAACGUCACCUCCAACCACCUCAAACAGAUCCUUAACGCUGCCUAUCAUGUGGAGGUGACCUUCCAUUCAGGAUCCUCUGUUACAAGACUCGUCUGGGAGCAGAUCAAACAAAUCAUCCAGAGGAUAACGUUUGUGAACCCUCCUGCCAUCACACCAGAGUGGAAGAGAAAUGUGGCCCAGGAUGCCAUAGAGAGCCUGAGUGCUGCCAAGCUGGCGAAGAGUAUCUGCUCCCAGUUCAGAACACGCCUCAACAGCUCCCACGACGCUUUUGCUGCCUCCCUGCGACAGCUGGAGGAAGGUCACACGGGGCGGUUGGAGCGUACUGAGGAUCUGUGGCUGCGUGUGAGGAAAGACCACGCCCCACGGCUGGCCCGGCUGUCUCUGGAGAGCCGCUCCCUCCGAGACGUGCUGUUGCAUGGCAAGCCCAAGCUUGGCCGAGAGCUGGGGCGGGGUCAGUAUGGAGUGGUCUAUCUGUGUGACAGCUGGGGGGGACGCUACCCCUGCGCUCUGAAGUCUGUGGUACCGCCCGACGACAAGCACUGGAACGAUCUGGCUCUAGAGUUUCACUACACCAGGUCCCUCCCUAAACAUGAGCGUCUGGUGGAUCUCCACGGCUCGGUGAUUGACCACACGUACGGUGGGGGCUCCAGCAUUGCUGUGCUGCUCAUAAUGGAGAGGCUUCACAGAGACCUCUACACAGGCUUGAAGGCUGGUUUAUCACUAAAGGAGAGACUCCGGAUCGCCCUGGACGUGGUGGAAGGCAUUCGCUUCCUGCAUGGUCAGGGGCUUCUACACCGAGACAUCAAACUAAAGAACGUUCUAUUGGACAAGCAGAACCGGGCCAAGAUCACAGACCUGGGCUUCUGUAAGCCAGAGGCCAUGAUGUCCGGCAGCAUCGUAGGAACCCCCAUCCACAUGGCCCCUGAGCUCUUUACAGGAAAGUAUGAUAAUUCUGUGGAUGUCUAUGCCUUUGGAAUCCUGUUCUGGUAUCUCUGCACUGGCUCUGUCAAACUCCCAGAGUCCUUUGAGAAAUGCUCCAGCAAGGACCAGUUGUGGAAUAACGUUAAAAAAGGCGCGAGGCCCGAGCGGUUGGCCGGCUUUGAUGAGGAAUGCUGGCAGCUGAUGGAAGCCUGCUGGAAUGGAGACCCUUCCCAGAGGCCCCUGCUCGGCAUCGUAGAGCCCAGCCUGCAAAGCAUCAUGGUACGGCUUUGUAAAUGUGGCUCGCAUCAGAAAAGCAGCAGCCUGGAGGACUCAAACUGACACACUCCAAGAGGACCACGACUGUUGCAAAGGAUUACGGUCAAAAGAAAAGUAAUUUUUGUUGUAUUUAUGGAAAAAGGACAGUGUGCUUCUGGAAGGCCAAAAGAGGAGAUGACCAAUAAAGUGACAGACAGUUUUCCUCUUCCUUUAAAGGAGUUAAAUAUACACUAUUUAAGAUGAACUGAAACCGGACAAAUGUGUGUAUAGUACACUAUGCUUUCCUCCAUGCUAAUUGCUGCUUGGUUAUAGAAUUGUUACUAGAUAUGAAACAUUUAAAAUGUAAAAAAUAUAAUUUUAGAUUGUAUUAAUUGGUUAAGAGUAUUCCUGCAUCUAUGCAAUUCCAACUUUUUUUUAAUAAAUGAUUGACAAAAUAAUCAA